AUGCCUGCUCGCACAGAGACCGGGACGUCUCAAGCCGAUGCAACUGACAUUCUUCUCGCGAAACUCGAUCAGCCUACCUUUGACGCAGUCGACUUCCUGAAUGCCAGCCUUCCGGUCCUUAACCUUUCAUCCCAAUCGCAGCUUCAGAAGACAGCCAGGUCUACCCAGAUUCAAAGCGCCUCGGCUGAUACGCUGUCAUUACUAUCGACCUUGAAUACUGCGAACGUUCGCGCCUCCUCUGACUUGACCUCUCUCACGGACGAGAUCAUACGUAGUGGCAAUCGCCUGGCGUACGAGGUGGAAGUUCUUCGUGGUGAUGUCAAUGGCAUGCAUGAGCUCUUAACAGAGUCACUACGAGAAGACAUUGCGCAUUUUGUUCUGGCCGCAACGAAUGCACCGAGCUCGACGGCAGAUACAGAUGCGUCGACAUCAAACGAGGAACCCGAGUUCAUGUCCCAACUGCGUUUAUUGGGCAAGGUCAAAGCACGUUUGGAAGCUGUCAUCGGCAUCUUUGGAGAAGCCAUGAAGUGGCCAGUACCCCCCUCAGAAGUUUCAGUGACUUCGUCCUUGAUAUCGGUCUCGGCACCUGAAUUAGGAAUUCAAAGCACAGAGGCCGACGAGAAGGCGUGGGAAUCUCUUAAGGGGAUUCGCGCGGAUAUCAACGAGCUACUCAAAUCUGAUGGGGGAAGCUAUACAGGCCUCGAGGCAGCAGCGCAAAGAGUGGAAGAGUUCAGGCAAUUAGCCCAGGUAUGGAAGGGCACCAGCGAAGAGAAAGCAAGAACCAAGUUUGUCGAUACGUUGGCAAAGUCUGUGGAAGACAGGAGGAAAACACUGGACAGCCGUGAAGUCUCGCGAGGUGCAAGAACAGACGGUCUGCAUCGGCCAAAUUCAGUCAUGGGCAGAAGUACCAAAGGGUUUAAUGAAGGUGGUGCGGCCGGGUUGUUCAGGAAUUUACAGCGUUUGAAGGACGACUUGUAUCUAGAGUAA